UCACUCGGCUCCCUCUCCUCCUCCCUCGUAUAGCAGGCCAGCAGCAGCAGCAGCAGCAGCGUCGUUCAGUUCACCUCCCUUUCUCCACUCCACUGCCCGUCGCUCUCCCCCGCAUCCCAUCGCGACCCAACCCCGCGCCCGCCCCGGACACGGCCGGUGCGGUGCGCGUCUCCACUGAUCCGCACGAUCGCGCGCUAGCUAGCACGCCCGCGCCCCGGCCCCGGCCCCGGGCCGGGAGAGCAGCAAGCAUCUCAGCAGCUGCGUCGGCCGGCGUGUGCAUGGAUCCCUCGGGGCCAGCCGCCGGGCCGUCGUCCUCGGCGGCGAGGGGCGGUGGCGACGACGACGCGCACGCGCCGCCGCCGCCUCAGCAGCAGCACCAUCAGGUCCAGCCGCUGGCUCAGGCGCAGCCGCAGCAGGCCGCCGCCGCCCAGCCCCACCAGGCGCCGCCGCCGCCGCAGCAGCAGCUCAGCAGGUACGAGUCGCAGAAGCGUCGGGACUGGAACACGUUCCUGCAGUACCUGCGGAACCACCGGCCGCCGCUGACGCUGGCGCGCUGCAGCGGCGCGCACGUCAUCGAGUUCCUCAAGUACCUGGACCAGUUCGGCAAGACCAAGGUGCACGCCGCCGGGUGCGCCUACUUCGGCCAGCCUAACCCGCCGGCGCCGUGCCCGUGCCCGCUGCGCCAGGCCUGGGGAUCCCUCGACGCGCUCAUCGGCCGCCUCCGCGCCGCGUACGAGGAGAGCGGACACGCGCCGGAGUCCAACCCUUUCGCGGCACGCGCCGUGCGGAUCUACCUCCGCGACGUCCGCGACGCGCAGGCCAAGGCAAGGGGCAUACCCUACGAGAAGAAGAGCCGCAAGCGCAAGCAGCCGGCGGCGGGCUCAGGGGAGGCGUCGUCGUCUUCGGCCGCAGCAGCAGCACGGGAGGCUGGUGCCGCCGGGGACGGGUCCGGUGGCAGCGCGGCGGCGACGAAAGCUGCACCGACCACCGGCCAGGGAAGCGGCACCACUGCUGCUGCUGCUGCUGCACCGACCAGCACAUCCCGAGUAUAGUAGAAUCACUUUUGCAAACCAUGUCUAUUUGCUUCUGUACGUCUCUCGCUAUACCUCGAGCUUUAAUUUGCAACAUUUGAGCUAUAUAUUUCUUCUGCCAUUUGGUUUCACCAUCGUUCUUGCUCUUUACAAACCGCAUCUGGGCCUGGGCUCAUGCUUUUUUUUCUCCCUUUUGUUUAAUUUGCUGGAUUUCUUGCUGCAUGCUCUCUACUCGAGCCAUUUUCACUAUGCUGAAUUAGACGGCUACUAUGGUCAGUCAGUAAUAAUAAUACAUGUCAAUUGGCAAAAGUUUGUAGUAUCUAUCCAGGAUCGGAGGAAGUGAAUGAAUUAAUAUAUAUAGAGAGAGAGGUCUUGUACUCUUGUUGCUUGCCCAUGUCUCUCUCAUGCGUACCCAUGGUGAGUGAGAUAAUUAAAAGAGCAAGAUUUUUAUUU